AUGGCGUUGACGGAAGUGCUUCAGGGUCUCGGUACCUCGCAGACGUUACCAACUGUCAUUUCUCUUGCGCUGGGAAUCGUCGCCGCCUAUCUCUACAUCGGCCGUUCUUUACCUCACGGAGUUCCACCGCGCGUGAAGGGCGAUUGGCCUCUGAUCGGUCCCUUGACCUUCUGGACAAAACGAUGGGAGUUUUUUCAAGAAGCGGCAAGAGCAUCUUUGAACGGUACUUUCUCGUUUACCGUCGGCAAGCAUGUGGUCGUUGGAAUUACGGGCGAUGAGGAUAGGAAGGUGUUUAUGGAGAGUAAGCAGCUAGAUGCCACAGCAGGUUAUGCUACGUUGUUUGCUGGCGCGCCGACAGUCUCGAAAAGUUAUGAUCCUGAUCAAGAGGAAAUUGAGGGCCAGCACUUCUUCAAACGUAUCACUGCCAUGUUGAAGAAAGAGAACUUUGUCAAAGGACUUGACGCUCUGGUUGCCGACACCAGAUCGCGCCUGGACGAGCUUUCAAAAAAUCCUACAGGCACAACUGAUCCCUUUGAGAGCAUUUACGGAAUCGUCUAUCAACUUACUAUGCGGACUGUCGCAUGUAACGAGAUCGCCAAUGAUCGUGUGCUACUUGACCAAACUUUGAACAUGUUUGAAAAGAUUGAGGCUUCAUCUUCUCCGGAACUCAUCAUCUUCCCCUGGUUCCCCUUUCCCGGCAAGCUCAGACGUCUCUGGUACGGUGGCAAGCUUUAUAUGGUGUUCAAGGGUAUCAUCGAGGAUCGAGCCAAGACUGGACGUAAAGAGGAAGACCCUCUGCAAUUCUUGAUCGACAAGGGCGACGACGUCAAGGAAAUUCUGACGUUCGUGAUUGGUGCGCUAUACGCUGGACAACUGAACUCCGGCAUCAAUGCUGCCUGGGUGAUCAUCUACCUUGCAAACGAUCGUUACUGGCUCAGUCAGGUCCGGGAAGAAGUCAAGGCACUAGCUGAAAAGUACGACAGCGACACUUCAAAAUCAAUGGCCGACAGACUGAUGUCUGCUCCACUCGAGGCAUGGGAAAACGAGUUACCAACCAUUGAUCUGUGCCUGAGGGAAAGUAUCCGUCUAAAUACUCCUGGCUCCAUGUUCCGUAAGAACGACAGCAAAAAGCCAGUCAAGAUGUCGGAUGGUGCAGAAGUUCCGCCAGGAGGCUUCGCAGCCUACCCUGUAGCCGAUGUCCAUCUCAAUCCUGAGGUGUAUGCUGACCCCGAGAAGUGGGACCCAUCACGUUACCUGCCAGGCAGAGAAGAAGAUCGCAAGACUAAAUUCGGAUACCUUGGAUGGGGCGCAGGCAGACAUCCAUGCCUCGGUAUGCGUUUUGCGAAGCUUGAACAGAACAUCAUUCUCGCCUUCUUCCUCGCCUAUUUUGACUUUGAGUUGGUGGACAAGGAUGGAAAGCAGGUUGGACAUGUGCCGAAAGGCGAUAUGAACGCCUUUGCCGCGGCCAAACCGAAGAACCGGGUCUUUGUCAAAUACAGCGUCCGAGGAUAA